GUAAAACAAAACGCAGAACAUCGUCGGGCUCGUCUUUCUACUUGACGCCGCCGCCGCCGCUGCCGCUCCUCCGUCCUCCGCUACCGCCACUCUGCCAUCUGCUUCCCUGCCGCUGCCGCCUCAAAAUCCCUUCUCUUCCCCUCCCUAUGCGGUCUCUGCCGCCGGCGGCUCUCUGCCUCGCUUCCCCGCCACCGCGGCCGACCUCGACCUAGGGCAACGGCGACGGAACACUUCGGCGGCUGCGGAGUUCGUCCUCUCUCGGCGUGACUAGGCCGCAUACAGAAGGUCAAGGACCCAGAUGUUUUCUUCGCAGGAAGCUGAAACUAUUGUUCUGUGUGGUUUUUACCCAGAGGACGCGGCCGACUUCUCUUUCAAGGAUGGUAACAGGCUGUGCUCUCUUUUUCUGCGGCAGCAAGGUCUCAUCAAGAAAAAGCGAAGAUGGCUGGCCUCGCUGAAUCCCGAAUUAGGUGUCCCCUUCAAACUUAAGCGACCAAAGUUUCUGAAAGUCGUCUACUUGGCUGAAUCGGAUGUCAGGACUGAUGAAGUGUCCAGCGAGAAAGUAAGAUGCAACAUCGAAGAAAGUUUUGGUUUGCAAAGCAAGUGUUACAUUCAUCAUGUAGUUCUGGAUGGUCUUGAGCUUUUUAAGUUGCAAAAACAGAAGGAUGGCUCUCUCUGUCCAGAAAGCUUGAAGACCAUGCACUGUACAAUCAGCAAAUUAAGCAAUGGAGCACUUGAGUCAGUGGCUAAUAUUGUCGCCCACAAUGGGAUUAGUUUCAGGAAGAUUAGGCCUACAAUGAUGAAAAUCGUGAAGGACCACCUUCCAAAAUACUUGGCUGAAUUGGACAGUGAAAGUGGUAUGCGAUUGUCUGAAAUUUUAACAAAUCCAUGCAGCUACCGUUCUAAUUCUGUCCGUCUUAGAACAACUGUUUCACCAAUGCUUCUGUCAUCUAUUGACCAAGCUUUAGCUGGGCUGGAUGAAAUUCCCCAGCAAGCUGCUAUUGCAAUCAAUAGAAAGCUCUCAGGAAAAUCAUGCCCCCCAGAAUUUCUGCAUGUAGCUCGAACUUCCAGCAGAAGCCAUCUUAUUAAUUUGAUAAGGAAAAGAUGUGGAAAUAUGAUAGCAAAGCUGCAGGAAGGCAAUGAUCUACCAGAGAACUUUGCAAAAGCAUUGUCAGUGAUGAACCUAUAUCGGAAACUCACACUAAAGAGCAUGGAUAUUUCACAGUCAGAGUUCUUUCCCUUUCCACGUGCGACUAUAUCAUCGCAGCAAGAUAUCCUGAAUGCUCUAUGGUCACUUCCAAACGUCGAUACUGAUGAUAUGAAGUUGCUGCGUCGCAUUAUGGGCCAAGGUUCUCAAGUGAAGAUGGCAUCAUUCAAAGCAGCUGUGAGGAGGUACUUGACAGAAUGCUUGUUUGAGUGUGAUGAUGGUAAUUUACCAGAUUUGGCAGUACGUGCCAUUGGUUUCUUAGCUCAAAUGUCUCCUAAAUGUCAACAAGCUAUUCUCACAGAUGAGAGAAAGGAAGUGGAAGUAGAUGCUGUCUUGGAUUUAAGCAGUUGCCUCAGAUCUUUGGUACGUGGUGCCACUGAAGAAAACUCGAGCGAUGACGAAGUUAGCUUAGAGAGUGACAGGUGCAGUGAAGAUAAUGAUUUUGUACUCACCACGAGCAACUACUUUGAUAUUCGUUCUGAGCAGCACAUGGAUGAGGGCUGCUGUUCAAAUUUCAUGAUCAAUAGCACUGAAGAUUCUGAGUACACUGCUGGUGCUGGACAUUAUGGAGACAGUGGUGCUGCUGGCAGUACGAUGGAUCCUAGUUCGGAGAAGGACAAUGUGGAGAUGACUAGAUGCUCUGCAGAAGAUCUCUCUGCAUUAUGUGAUGACACUGCAAGUAUUGCACAUGAGCUUAUUGGGCACAUUCUUAAAAACAUGUUGACUGAAGACGAGGGGAUUGAUGAACUUACCGGAUGUUAUCUUGGAGGCAGUUCUAAUUCUCAAGAUCCUCAAGAUCCUGAAGCGGAGAACCAAAAAGGCGACAUUGUGAUGAAUGCUGUCCAGAGUCUCUUACCUAAUCUGCCGAAAAGCUCCAUCGACAAAGUUAGGAGCAUACUAGAUGGUGCUGAGCAGUGAGGAUGGUCAAUAGACAUUUUUAGGUGUCGAACCUUGCAUGGUGCUGUGAAUUGGGAUAUUGAAUGUGAUGGACAAUUUUACCUUAUGAAGAGGGAUGGGCAUGUUUUGUUUUGCUGGGGGAAAUGUGCAUGCAGUGGACAUUUUUUUGCCAUAUCACUGGAAAGCUAGCACAUGUGCUUACAUGGAUCCUGUAAUUAGCGAUUUUUUGUGCACUCUGACAUGGUUAAGACUGGUGAUUUUUGAAAUAUACUAGCCUGUUGCAAGACUGGUGGUGUUUUUCAUUUUGCACUGCUCUAUUUCAAGUUUCAACUACUCCGAAAACUAGCACAUAUUCAAAUCACAUUAUAGUCUGAUCCACCAUCAAUUGUUGUCAUUCUCCUUUCUGCUUUCAUGAACUAUACUUUCAAAAAUUGUUUCCAGGAUUACUGUGCAAAACAUUUAUUUAAUUGGCAUUUUAGUUCAAGAGAAUUGUAUUAGGAUGAAUAAAAUGCACUGUGGGUAGAACGACUAGUUAGGUGGGUGCAAUCAAGUAUGGAAAUUUACAAUCAUUCGUUUUGGUCAUAAAAAAUGUUUAUUGGGCUCAAUGUGGGGCAGUUAGGCGCCAGUUGUGCUAAUGGUGCUUGGUCAGCCCCCGAGGGGCAUCGGCUCCCAGUACCAUGGACUUUUGCAGGGCUAAUAUUUCAUUUGGUAGUAUUUCUUUUGUAUGGUAUUGUUGUCAGGCAUCCUGCCAAACAUGUCAACUUGUCCAGGUAACAAAUAUGAAGUUCAGGAUGCUGUGUUGCUCGGUCUUAACCGUUACUCUGCAGACAUGAUGACUCAACCUAUCAUGGCUGUUGCUCUUCUGAAGCUCUCUUCACGGUUUCCAUCUAUCAGACUUACUGCUUUGAAUAAUGAAUUGCAAGCUAUGCAGAGGGACAAGGAGAUACUGAAGGCCAGUACCCGGUAGAAACACAGCAGAGGAGGAGGCAAGAUGUUAUUGAAGCACUCUUGUCCUUGCAGCCAUGUCUUCCACCCACAACUUAUCAUCUUCUCAGUGAACUUCAGUUUCUGCUGAGGUCUAUCAGUUCUAUUGGCAUGUGUAGGUUUGCGUCAGUAUUAUAUACUCCCUCCGUUCCAAAAUAAAUGACCCAACUUUGUACUAACUUUAGUACAAAAUUGGGUCAUCUAUUUUGGAACGGAGGGAGUAAGAUUCAUUGAACAUUCUGUUUGCAAGAAACCUUUUUGUCCUCGUCUACUCACCUAGUUCCCAGCUGAUAUAUGCUCGUGUCGUGAGUGUUUGAAAUUACUAAUGCAGUGGUUGUCCACCUAUUUAUGUGGUGCUGUUUAAUCUGAUCCUCCAACAUUCAUCUUACCUGUGCUAUUCUCCAUGUGCAGCUUACUGCUCUGAAUAAUGAAUUGCAAGCUAUGCAGAGGGACAAGGAGAUACUGAAGCCAUGUCUUCCACCCACAACUUAUCAUCUUCUCAGUGAACUUCAGUUUCUGCUGCACUGAUGUACGUAGUACUAAUGGCCUGAAGUUUCUUGCAUUUCUCAUUCAAGGUUUAAGUCGCUAUUCUUAUUCAAGGAGAACAGAACUCUCGACGAAGCAAACAAAAGGCUGGUGAGUUUACUGGAGGAAGAGCAAAAACAUCGGUCAAAGGGAAGCACUCCACAAAGCUUUCUGGGGUCAGUGGAAGAAGGGCCCUUGUUCCUGCCAUGAAGCAAACAGGAAUGGCAGUACCUUCCAGAUGAGAUGAGAUAAUCAACGCCCGCGGCAGCCGAAGAUGGCCUUGCAGCCGCGGCCGGUGUAGGGCUGCCCCCGGCCGGGGCAGGAGCCGUAGCACGCCGCCUUGUUCGCCUCCAGCCCUCCGUAGCCGAUGGAAGUUGGGCUGUAAGCAAGCACCCUCCUCUGUGGGUACGCCGCCUCCUCCUCACGCUCCGUGAAGCCCACUUCGUCUUCCUCGACGGUACGCACCGGCAUCGCCGCAUGGGUGCCGGCGCCGGCGAGGACGCCGCCGCUCAUGACCAGCGCCGCGGCGAUGUAGGCCAAGAGGAGGAGGAGCUGCGUCUGCGGCUUCAUCGUCCCUGCUUCGAGUGGCGCUUGCAGUGUGGCCUCUGCUUCAGGUUCAAGUGGUGCUGGCGCACUGUGGCCGGCCUGUGGGGCGUGCCUACCUCUCAAUAAUUUGUUCUGCUGUUGCGUCUAUUCCAGAGGGGAGGAGACGGAGGUGGUUGAGGGCACUCCAACAGCAACGCCAUGCCUAACAUUGCAUGCACGUGAUGCUAGGCGACACCAUAGCGUCCAUGUCCGGUCUCCAGUGUGUUUGUGAUUGGGUUUUGUGGAGGCGAACGAUGCUGGCUGCUUCACAACCACCCGGUUCAUUUCAAACUUAAUUUCAGCAGAAAAUGUGGUUGACAGACACGUAAGACUGUUUAGAUAGUUUUCAUGCCUUGUUA